AUGUGUAUCGGUACAGUGGUGGCCCCUCUGGGACUGAUAUUGGCCAGUUUCGCCACCGAACUGUGGCAUAUUUAUUUAUCUCAAGGCAUUCUGUUCGGCAUCGGCGCUGCUUUUGUAUUUUCAACUUCUAUUACCCUCCCCAGUCAAUGGUUUGUCAAGUAUCGCGCUUUUGCCACUGGCAUUGCCGUAAGCGGUUCCGGAGUAGGCGGCGUGGCCUUGUCACCUAUGAGUCAAAAUUUGAUCGACACCGUCGGAUAUCGCAAUGCGCUUCGAGCCAUGGGCGGCAUGGGAUUUGGUAUUCUUUGUAUUGCUACUGCUCUUGCUUUCUCUCGUUGGAAACCGCCAGGUGACCGCUUUGUGAUUAUCGACCGAUCGUUGAUUAAUUUUCAUUUCUGUAUUCUUCUCCUUUUUGGACUCAUCGUGCCUUUUGGAUAUGUUGCACCAUUUUUCCUUACACCCACCUAUGCUGCAUACAUUAACGUCGAUGCAUCUAGAGGGGCUACUCUUGUAUCAGUAAUGUCAGCCAUGAAUGCUGUUUGUCGUAUUGUGCUUGGUUUUCUUGCUGACUACAUCGGUCGUUUGAAUACCAUGUUUAUAUUUACACUUAUUGCAGGUAUCUUUUGUAUGGUAAUUUGGCAGUUCGCUACUAGUUACGGUUCUUUCGUUGCUUAUGCAGUAUUAUACGGUUUAACGGGAGGUGGAUUCGUCUCACUGUUUCCUGUGGUGACGGCUGACAUUGUGGGUGUUGCUAAUAUUCAACGCGGACUCGGUAUGUGUUACCUUGCCACAACGGUGGGCAAUUUAUUGGGGACACCCAUUGCAGGUCUGUUACAAAAACACUUUGGAUGGACGGCUGCUAUCCAGUUUGCAGGAGCCCCUUCGGUCACUGCUGCUUUGGUAAUAUUGGUGCUGCGCCAAAUCCGCAGUCGCGGAAAGAUAUUUAUGAAAAUCUAA